CUUAGACCGUUCACUAUCCUGCAGAUCAGAGCGGAGAGCAGUCAGCCCAUCGUGUCUCUACCCGAGGCCGGAUGGUAAAAUCCAACCUCCAGCGGAUCCUCAACAGUCAUUGUUUUGCUCGCGAGAAAGAAGGAAAGCAGCAGUCUAUCACGACCAUGGCGGACUUAAGUAGUGGUAUCUGUGACAUGAUUGGGAAUCUGUCCCUGCACUGUAGUAGUACCCGCGGCCCAGGGCCUCUGUGGUGCUCCGAUGCCCCUCUCCCACCCCUGAAGAUCCCAGGUGGGCGAGGGAAUGGCACACGGGAUCACACUCCUUCAGCUCAGCCGUUCUACUCAGAUCGAAAGUUGACUGUAACGGAGGAGCCAGCGGGGAAUGGUCGCCCUGGGAUACUCCACUUCCAGCAUCGGCCCACUGUUAGCAGGACCAUACAGUGGGAUGCUGUUUUAAGCAGCAGUGCCCUGUAUGUGGAGAUACCUCUUGACCCGCUUCCUGAAGGCAGUAAGGAGAGUUUUGCAGCUCUCCUGGAAUUUGCUGAAGAACACCUGAAAGUCAUUAGCGUGUUUGUCUGCUUUUACAAGAACCGAGAGGAUCGUGCUAAGUUGGUGCGUACCUUCAGUUUCCUGGGCUUUGAGAUUGUGAAACCGGGCCAUGCCCUUGUCCCACCUCGACCCGACGUUUUCUUCAUGGCCUACAAUUUUGACAGGGACUCCUCGGACGAGGAGUAGCCUCCUGGACAGCCCCUCCACCCCAGCAUCUCUCCUUUUCCAACCCAUUCCGUUUGCCCAUCCUGCCCUAGCUUACACAUAUAUUCAACCCCGUGUUAAACUCUCAGCAGUAGCUCAGUGUAUGCAACUAUUCAUUUUUCCCAAUGCUUUUUGUGAUCUUGUUUUAUUCAUCUAUUUUGUGUUUUGUUAUACUGAUAAAUUGAUGUUGGCACCCAACAAGAGGGAACCCUUUGUUUUCCAGGCUUUGAAUCAGCCAUAGCGACAUUAACCAUUCAGUCGAUUAGUGUAUUGAUGACAGUCCUCAUACAAAUUUCCAGUCAUCACCUGCUUUUAUUUUACUAUUACGUUACGAUUAAGGGGGAAGAUUAUUCAUUUCUUGAAUGUACAACAAGUCAUCAGGUUUAUGCUCUGGUACUCCAGUUUUCUUUUGAUUGGCUAAACGACAUCUUUGUUCUACAUUUUUAUUUAUCUAUCUAGCUAUACAUUUCCAUACAACCAGUUUUGACUUCAUAGCUCCAUCCUCCUUAAAAGCAUUAGGAUUUUUGAAAUGUUACCCUUGAGCAUCCACCCCUAUAAUUGGUACUUCAUAGUGACUUUGUUUAAAUGUGGGGUGAAGAGAUGAAUGUGAUCAAUUGUGUGUUUGAAGUUAAGGAUGGAGUGAAAAAUCCAAAGUGCUUUUGCUCCUUACUGCCAUGUACAUCUAACAAUAUUGUAGUGUUUUGUUCUGAGUUUUUCUGAGAUGCUAUUAUAAUUGGUUUUUAUUUCUUUUUGGUUUUUGCAUUCCAAUUAAUGUUUUCCAUUAUAGUUCACCUGCAUAGUGGUACCUGUUGUGCUUCUGUGAUAAUAAAACAAACAAAAAUAA